AUGCAGAGGGCCUCAGAGGAUGGAGGGAAGGCACGAAGGACAGAAUUGAGGAGCGCGGUCCAGCAGAUGCUGAGGCUGGGUUAUUACACCACUCCUCGGCAGCCGGCCCGGAGAAGAGGACCCAUCCACCUGGAGCUAAGGAGCCAGACCCCGGCAGCAGUUCAAGAACUUGUCUUGGAUAAUUGCAAAGCAAAUGAUGGGAAAAUUGAGGGGUUAACGGAUGAAUUUGAGAGCCUAGAGUUCCUUGGUUUAAUAAGUGUAGGCUUGUUUUCACUUUCAGACCUCCCGGCGCUACCUAUACUGAAAAAGCUUGAGCCCAGCGAUAAUAGAAUCUCUGGAGGUCAGGGCAGAGUAGCAGAAGAACUUCCAAGCCGCACACAUCUGAACGUAAGUGGAAAUAAGCUGAAAGAUAUCAGCACCUUGGAACCUUUGAAAAAAUUGGAUUGUCUGAAAAGCCUGGAUCUCGUUGGCUGUGAGGCCGCUAACCUGAACGAUUACCGAGAGAGUGUCUUCAAGCGCCUGCCCCAGCUGUCCUAUCUGGACGGCUAUGACCCAGAGGACCAGGAAGCCCCCGACUCAGAUGUGGAGAUCGAGGGCGUGGAUAAAGAAGACGCAGAUGAAGGAGAAGAGGAGGAGGAAGAAGAAUUUGGACAUGAUGGAGAAGUUGAUGAAGAUGAAGAAGUGGAGGAUGAAGAGGAGGAAGAAAGUGGGAAAGGUGAAAAGAGGAAGAGGGAAACAGAUGAUGAAGGAGAAGAUGAUUGA